GAAAACAACAGGAAAUGAGAGAUGUUUAAUCGGCAGCUACCAGUUUUGGCUGUGUGAAAAGUGGGCUGGCCGCGCUGCAGAAACCCGAGUCAGGUAGCGCCGGGCGCCGGGGAGCAGAGCCGCUCGGCCGCGAUGCGACUGCAGAAGAGGCUGCAGGGCUGAAGCGCUCGCUGAAGGGCGAUUUGGCCGCUCACUUUCAUUUCAUAUCAAUACAGACACGAGGUCUGCUGGCCGCAGAGAUCAACGCCAGAGCAUUUCUCUUACUUUCCAUUCGGGUUUUUACCCCUCCGUAAAAAGACUCAGGUGUUUUCUUUUUAAGUGGGAGGAAUACAGCUAAAUUUGAGGCGCACACGUGGAUCUGACUGAACGCAUUUAAUACCCUCCAUUUCCGGAUAAUUUAUUGUUUUUUUGCGGGGGGGCUUCAUCUUUACAUUUACGCUUCCUGAGAAGAGCAACUACCCGGAGCCAGAUCCAACAUGGACGAGGCUGAGAAGUACCAGCAGAGGGUGCAGGCCAUCGCGGAGAAGCGACGCCUCCAGGAAGAGCAGGAGCGCAAGCGGCGGGAGAUGGAGGAUGAGAAGCUGAGGCUGCAGCAGCUCAAGAGGAAAUCCCUGAGAGACCAGUGGCUCAUGGAAGGUCCAUCCAGCCCUGAUGGCUCCGGGCUACGCUCUCCUCUCUGGGGGUCCCAAGCUCAGGAGAUAGAGGCACGCAUUGACCAACUGCAGGUGGAUAGCCAGCGUCUGGCAGAACAAGAGAGGAACCUGAAGGAUCUGCACACGAACGAGGAAAACCAAACGGUCGGGGACGUAGAACACUGCAGCCAGGCUGAGACGGCGGAAGGAGGAGUAAAAGACGGCGCCUCCCGUCAGGCCCCCACGCCGGCCCCCCGCCUGCAGAGAACGGCUGUGCAGAAUGGACAGGAAGACCGAGCAGUCCUGGGAGUUGUGGAGGUGCAGGUGGAGAAGGAUUUGAGGACGGGGGCCACUGUCAUCAAAUCCGUGGCGCCUGUGGACCCCGGGGAAGCAGUAUGCUCUGGGGAGAAGGUGUUCGAUGACGGAAGCAAGAGUGUGCACACGACAGUGGGGGCCGCGGGGAGCCAGCCCAGCCCCGAGGAGCUCGGGCUGAUCCUGAAUGCUUUGGGGGGUGUGGGGGCUCCAGUGGAGGCCAAAGUCAUCGUCAAUGGGAGGAAGGAGGGUGGCGAGGAGGCCUGCAGUCUGCCGCUGGAGGAGAACGGAUCAGACGUAGCUCAUGGAGCCGCCAGCCAGUUGGCACCUUCAGAGGAGACUGCUAGAGUCAAAGGCACCCCCAAGAAUGAGCUCCCGGGAGCUGAAGGGGAGGAAGGUGUCAUCACCAUGACAUUCCUGGGCUAUACGGAGACGGAGCCGGGUCAGGGCCUGAAUGGGGAGGACAUGGGGGAAAUAAUCCGAGCAGAACGUGUCAUCAUCAUGGACGACGGGGAGGAGCAGGCUGACGUGGAGAAGGAACCACCCCCAGGGAAAAACGCAGAGCCCCCAGGGCCACCAGAAAGCUCCAUUUCCACGUCCCAACUGGAGCCUGCUGACCCUGAGCUUCAGCCUGAAUCCGAGACCGAACCUGAAAUCACCCCGGAACCGGGUGCCGACGUUCCCUCAGACUCUGAAAAGGCACCUGAAUCCAGGCUGGACGAAGCCAGCAAAUCGGAUUCAGGAGCUGAAGGGGAACAGGAGGCCAUACCUGAAGUCACGGAGAACUUCAUCGAACCUUCCCAAUGCACCAUGAACUCCACAGAGCCGCCCUCCCUUAGGCCCACGCCAGAUCCAAAGGUAGACGGGGCCGAGCCUGAGGACAAAGCAGUGGAGGAGCCCGCCGCUCUGACAGCCAAGCCGGAGCAGUUCCAGGAAAUCCCCCUAGAUGGCGAGGCGAAGCCAGACAUGCAGCCCCUGCUGGCUGUUGCUGACAGUGAUGCCAAGAAGCAGGUGCCCAGGCCGACUGCCGAGCAGCAGCCCCUGCUGUCCACCUCCAAAGCCCCCCCAGAGACCGAGCACGCCGCGCCCAACCGGGCCGAGGGAGCAGACGCCCCAAAACACAAGUCCUGUCAGUGCUGCUCCAUCAUGUGAGGUUGUCCACUGCCCCAAACACGCUCUGUCCAUCUCCAUCUCUGCACCCCUUCCUUCCCUCUGUCCAUCUCUAUUUCUCCAUCCCCUCCUUCCCGCUGUCCAUCUCCAUUGUCCUUGAUUCCCUUGGUUUCCAUAGACAUCUAGAAAGCAUCAUCACUGUCCUACGAAUGGAGUUCAUCUAAGCCGUUGGACCACAAACUUGCGAUCCUGGAUUGUGUUGCUAUGGACACUUGUUUGCACAACUGGCCAGAAUUCCCCCUCCCCCCCCCACCCGAUGUUGCGAAGUUGUGCCCCUGACAUGUUAUGUGAAGACACACCCUGCUCAACCUGGAGUGCUAAUGAAAGCUGAGGAGCAACGUUGGUGUUCAGAUUAGCCGUGAUGCCUGGUGCAACUGUUUCAGAAGCAUCAGUGUGAGAUCCUACAUCUGUGCCUGUUUCCAAAAACCCUUGUGCCUUUGCUGUUACCCAAAAACCCAUUCUGAAUGCAGUAUGGCGAUCUGUGCACACAUCCAAUGGGGAAGCUAUUAGAUGGAACUUUUCAUCUCUUUCUUCAAACUUCGAGAGCUGGUGACAAGAGUGUCACAGUGCAACACAACUCCCCCCUGUCUUCUCAGCUGGUUCAAGAAGGAACUCUCAGCUAAACCACUGGACAAGUAACGUGAAGUCCCAGUCAUGUGACCAAAAGACCCGUCUUCAAUAUUAACAAAGCGUUGAUCCGUGUGCUGUGUGCCGCAGCUUCAAAUGCGGCUCUGACUUGUUCAUGAACGCAAUAUGUUCAGCGGCACGGUUUGCUACUGACUCCAGUCUAUUUCACACAUGCCUCUCUGUCGCCCUACGGAUUUCCAACCACACCACGCUAUCGCUGUCCAGCAUUUUAUUCUACGGUGUUUUUAAAUAUAUACUUUUACACUAGGCAAUUUUAAUAAUACAGAUGUUUUGUCGUAUUAAUUCAGUUGACACGGCACCAAAGUUUUUUGAAACGUAUACAUUUUUAAAACAGUCAGAUACUCCCUUUAUGAUUCUGCUGUGGACCUUAAUGUAUAUAAACUCGUAUUGGGGUUUGUGGGUGCUGUUGUAUAGGAUGUCUUUUCUGUUGGUAAAGUGAGAGAAUGUUAAUCGGCAAUAUGUGUAAUGUCUGUCAAGUGAUGGAGAACUUUAUAAACAAUGUAAAGGAGAAAAUAUUACAAA